AUGCCGUCGCUAGUUGAUCCCGUGGCAAACAAAACCGACGAGGGAAAUAACCGGACGGAUCUGAAGGCCCCCGAGCCUGAGCACUGUCCAGGAACAGAGUCAGAGGAAGCUGGAAAGGCUGACGCUUGUCAAGGAUGCCCUAACCAAGACAUCUGUGCAUCAGCACCCAAGGGACCCGAUCCUGAUCUUCCGCUCAUCAAGGACCGAAUGAAGGGAGUGAAGCACAAGAUUCUGGUGCUUUCAGGAAAGGGUGGAGUUGGAAAGAGCACAUUCUCUUCGCUCCUUGGCUGGGGCUUUGCCUCGGAUCUGGACAGAGAAGUGGGACUCAUGGACAUUGAUAUUUGCGGACCCUCGCUACCCAAAAUGAUGGGAAGUGAAGGCGAACAAAUUCACACCUCACUUUCAGGGUGGUCACCCAUCUAUGUGUCAGAUAACCUGGGCAUGAUGAGUGUGGGCUUCAUGCUGCCCAACCAGGACGACGCUAUCAUCUGGAGAGGCGCCAAGAAAAAUGGACUUAUUAAACAAUUUCUGAAGGACGUUGACUGGGGUAAUUUGGACUAUCUCGUUGUGGAUACGCCCCCUGGUACUUCUGAUGAACAUCUUUCAGUCACUCAGUACCUGAAAGAGUCUGGCGUUGAUGGUGCAGUCGUAAUCACCACGCCCCAGGAGGUUGCAUUGUUGGAUGUUCGAAAGGAGCUUGACUUCUGCCGAAAGUCAGGUAUCAAGAUCAUCGGACUGGUCGAGAACAUGUCCGGAUUCGUGUGUCCCAACUGUAAGGGUGAGAGUUUCAUUUUCGCCCCUACUACAGGAGGAGGAAAGGCGCUGGCGGAGGAAUUCAACAUACCGUUUCUUGGUAGUGUCCCUCUCGAUCCUCGAAUCGGAAAAUCAUGUGAUCAUGGAGAAAGUUUUGUGGAGGAGUACCCCGACUCUCCUGCGACCACCGCCAUUCUGGACGUCAUCAGGCAGAUUAGAGAGGCUGUGGGAGACCCUCAAGAGGACGAGGACGAUGACAUGGAUGAGUAA